AUGACUGAAGUUUCAUCCACGCGACUCUAUCUCGGGAAUCUUCCCCGCAACGUGACCAAAUCAGACAUCGAGGAACAUUUCAGUACUCAUGGCUCUGGAAAGAUCACAGAGAUCAAGCUGAUGAAUGGAUUCGGUUUCAUCGAAUACGAAGAUGCGAUGGAUGCUCGCGAUGUUGUUCCGGCGUUCCAUGGUAGUGACUUUAAAGGUGAACGGCUCACGGUGCAAUUUGCGCGUGGUCCGCGCCGUAAGGAGAACUUCCCUGGCCCAAUGGACCGCCCGAGCAUGCCUCGCCCCCGGCGCACGAUCUUUCGCAUGAUGGUUUCUGGACUUCCGGAAACAAGUUGGCAGGUUAGCAGCCCACGUCCAUUUUCCUUAGGAUUUUCCGGACCCCAUCCAGCCUGGCCGAUCAGUGUUUAA